UUAGCAUCGUUUCAACGACUGUUAAAUGAUAAUCAAGCGAGUGACAGCGACUGUCAACAAACACACGUUGGAAAUAAUAAAAAACAAACUGUUUCUGUAAGUGACAGAACAUCGUUUAUAAAGUUAGCACGAGCUGGAUUUUACUAUGCCGGACCUGUUGAAGGUAUUCAGUGUUUUGUUUGUAAAUCGAAAGCAAGAUAUAAAAAUUGGAAUAAGGAAUCUCCAGUUGCAGUCCACCGAAUAUUGAAUCCAUACUGUCCAUUUCUACAAUCGGAAUCAUCUUUUUGUUCAAGGGAAAGUAAUUCCACCGCCAUACAGUCACCAACAACUGAUGGUCUCAUGUCAAAUCAUUGUUGUACAAAUAGUCAACAGCCAGAUAGUCCUACACAGUUACAGGAAGCCGGUGACAUUAGAGGUGAUGUUCCAAAUCCCAUUCGACCAGAUGAAACACCUCCAAAUCAUGGCACUAAUGAGAAUACAACCUUGCAUUCAAUGAAUAGCGUUUGCAGAAAUUUAUUCUCUACAAGUCCUGCCAGGAACCAAUCUAAUGUAGACGUUGAUGAGAAUUCAACCAACGUAAUAAAUAACCCAGCAAAUUAUAAAAUCAGAUCUAGGUCCCAAUGGUCUGAUCAUGUUGAAGAAUAUACAGGACGAGUUAUACAUCCUAGAAUCGGUGACAAGGUUUUCAACGCUUAUGAAUCAUUUCGUAUUCUUACAUUUCCUAAUCCCCAAGAUGAAAGAGCUGCAGAAUGGGCUGUCGAUGGUUUUGUUUACAUUGGCAACGACAAUGUUCAAUGUGUUUAUUGUGCAGGAGUGACAUCAUAUCAAGAACAAUUAAACAUCAGAGAUUCCCAUGAAAAAAUCUCACCAAAAGGUCGUUAUUAUUGUCCAAUGGUCAGUGGAAUCGAUGUCGGAAACGUGUCAAGAAAAUUAGAAGAGUUAGUGAGAAAGAAGUUGAUUGAUAAAAACAACAGACCUAGAAAUAUAAAAAAUAAUUUCCCUGUUCUACAUCCACAGUUUAGUAAAACAGAAGAAAGAUUAGCAUCUUUUAGGCAUUGGCCAAAACAAUAUAAACCAACCAAAAUACAGUUAACAGAGGCAGGAUUCUUCUAUACAGGUGUAGUAACAAAAGUUGUAUGUUUUUGUUGUGGUAUAUCUGUUAGAGAUUGGGAACCAACAGCUGAACCAUGGCAGCAACAUGCUUUAAUAUCACCAACAUGUUCAUUUAUAAAACUUAUAAAAGGUGAAGAAUUUAUUCAACAAAUGGCAGCAAUACAGCAACUGGUUGAAGUUGAUCCAUUAGUGACAGAACCAGUAACAUCAAUAGGAGAAUUAAAUAUACCUGAUCCGUACCCUCCAACAUUGAAUACAACUCUACUAGCAGCUUAUAGUACAUGUGGGUACAACAUCUCUACUACACAAUUACUUCAUCUUAUACAACAAUUCUUUAUACAUACAUGUGGAAGAUAUCCAAGUGUUGAGAUGUUAAAAGCUGCUGUUUUAGCUGAUGGUGAAUUAAAGAAACAUGUUGACAUGUUAGAUCUAAAAGAUGAAGUUAUACAGACUUAUUACAGACAGUUAGAUAACUUAGAUCAGGUGAUGACUGUUAAAGACCAGUAUUACAAGGCUACUGUAGCUUCUCUUAAUCAGCAUCAUAAUAUUAUCAUUGAUUGUAAAGAACAGGAGUACACUCAACAACUGAACCAAGCCAGUGAACAACUGAACCAAGCCAGUGAACAACUGAACCAUAAAGAUCAACAACUGAACCAUAAAGAUCAACAACUGAACCAACAGAGUCAACAAUUGAACCAUUAUCGCUGCACCAAACGUCAACUAAGACAACACAUCAGAGAAAAGGAUGAGCAUAUUGACAACUUGUCAAACAGAUUACAGAUGGCUGUUGACAGACAUAAAACAAGGGAAGAUAACUUACAACAACAAAUAUAUUUACAUCAGACUGAAUUAGAAACACAGAGAACUCAAUUACAGGCUGAUAUAGAGAAAUAUGAGGAAGAGUUAUCUACCUUAGUUAUAGAAUUCACCAGAUUGAGAUCUACAGUUAAUAACAGAGAAAAUCAACAAGAAAAUCAACCUGACCCUGUAGCUAUAAACCCUGAUAGAUGUGUGAUUUGUUUAUCUGAAACUCGUGUUGUUUUAUUUCGACCGUGUAAACAUGUCUGUUGUUGUACAAAUUGUGCUCCUCGUUUCAUGGAUUCACCGUGUCCCGUCUGUCGGACUCAUGUUCAGGAUUGGGAAAUCGUUUUUCUUUCUUAAUUAUCUUUAUUUAUCACAGUCCUGGCCCCAAUUUCACAAAACAUUCUCAGACUUCAGAUAACAAUUUACUCAAAAUUGUCUGCCUUAUUGCAACUAAAAUAUAGUCCUUUAUAAAACUUUUGUUGUUAUAAUGUAUCAAAUACAUCAAUAAGAAACUAUGUGCAAAGUUUUAUGUUUCUGGAUCAAAGAUAUUUUCUUUAAACAGGGAGAGGGGUUUUACAUAGGUUAAGCCUGUUCCCCAAUCCCAUUCAGACAACCUGAAUAAAAAUAUUGUUUAAAAAAAAAAAAAAAAUUCUUAUAAACAGUGAUCGAAAUUUCAAUCUGAGAAUGCUUUGUUAAACUGGAUCCAGGAGUUCCAUUAAACCAUGAUUUUAUUCAUAAAGUUAUUGUGGUGUUCAUGUACAGUGUAAAAUUAUUAUUAUGAUAUUAUUUCUUUAAGUUAUUAGCUUUCUUAUUUCAAAACCAAAAGGGCAAAUAAAAAGUUAAUUGGAGUAGGGUGAUAGCUAGAUAUUACCAUACCCAUGUAUAUAUUGUAUAAAAUAAAUCGUAUAACUAGGUAAUAAAAUUUGUAGACAUUGACAUUGUUUACAUGCAGGGCUGUCGGUAAUUUUUCACAGUUGAUUAGCAGCACUGCUAAUCAAAAAGUCCAAUUUUGCCAAAUUUGAUUAGCAAAGCUAAAAAUUGGUUAGCAGUUUUUCAGUUUCAACAUAAAACAACCCAAAUAACUAGAUAUUACUUUAAUUAUGAUUAGAUUUCAUCCUUCCAGUUUUUUUAGCACUGCCACAUGUAGUUGUGACAGUUUGUGAAUGUGAUGUAAACUUUUGGUUAGGUCUUAUGUCUGAAGCCAAUUCUUGGUCUUCCGAUGCCCCACUCAUUUUAAUUGUUAUUUCUUCAUAACUUUAGAAAUCUUCGUUAGAAAACAAUUUCGUCUGCUUUUUAUCGUGUAUUACUAUUUUUGUUCAAUCGGGCGCACAUCGAUUAACUAGACAAACGCGCAAUAAUAUUUUACGGGAAUUCUUACUUUGAUUUAUCAUUUUACAAUACGUUAACACAUAUUUAUUUUUUUUAUACUUUAUUUACAAUACGUGGUGGAUACACUGGGUUUACUGCUUUCAAAAUGCAUACUGAUAUAAUUACUUGAAAUUGACAUGUCUCGCAACGUGAGUGGUACUACUUGAUUCCCUAUUUCCGGUUUAAUAGUCCCUAUUCAUAGAGAGUUAUGUCCCUGUAUUAUAUUCAUUGAUAUUGUAUUAUGAAUUGAGUCUGGGUAGUCCGAGAAGAAAAUGUCACACGGAUAAUUCAGUUUUGUUUAUAAAAUUUUAUUUGACAUUUUAUACACGUUGAAAGUGUUGAGAAAGCCUCCUAGUCUUCAAACCGGGGAUAAUCUUUCUGUCAAUAUCCAAAAUGGCAGGCAUAUUAAUGAUUCGCAGUUACUGCGAAUCAAAAACGUUAGAUUUUAAUUUUUGAUUAGCAGCGGACAAAAUAUGUAUCGCAAUUUGCGCUGCGAUACUGGUUGUCGGCAGCCCUGUUUACAUGUAUAAGAUUUGGAAUUAAUUAGUAGACAGAUUAAUUUUAUGUGUUUAUUUAUAGGCAGCAGUAUAUUAAUACAUGUACAUAGUUUUGUUUUCAAAAAUUAAAAAAAAGUCUUAAAAAAAAAAAUUGUAUAUAUUUGUAUAUAUAUUAUGUACAUCCUUCU